UAGCGCCUCGCUGCUCCGGAGCGGCGGCGGCGGCCGCGUAUGCAGUUUCCAUGGGGACCGAGGAUGGCGGCGCGAGGUGAGCUCCGGAGGUGAACGGCUGUCCUCCACCCCCCUGGAAAUCCUCUUCUUUCUGAACGGCUGGUAUUAUGCCACCUAUUUCCUGCUGGAACUCUUCAUAUUUUUGUAUAAAGGUCUCCUGCUACCAUAUCCAACAGCCAAUCUGGUGCUGGAUGUGGCGAUGCUGAUCCUCUCCCUCGGAAUUGAAGUGAUUCGGCUGUUUUUUGGUUCGAAGGGAAACCUCUGCCAACGGAAGAUGCCCCUCGCCAUUAGUGUGGCCUUGACCUUCCCAUCUGCCCUGAUGGCCUCGUAUUACCUGCUGCUGCAGACCUACGUGCUCCGCCUGGAAGCCAUCAUGAACGGCAUCUUGCUCCUCUUCUGUGGCUCUGAGCUGCUGCUGGAGGCGCUCACGCUGGCCGCCUUCUCCAGUGUGGACAGGAUUUGAAGUCCAAACAUCCCAGCCGCAGCCCUCAGCGGCUGAGACGCUCACGCUUCUGGGACUCCAGCCACACCAGCGAGAGAUGGCGGGUCACGUGGUCCGAGGGAGAGUCGCAGCUUUUCCUCAGCGCAGACAUUUGGGCAACAAACCAAGCGGGGCCACUGGGCACCAUCUAAACGGGACCAUCAGCCUGAGAGACGCGUCUACACGCCAGCACAGGGAGGGCACGCUGUCCCCGUCCCAGCCAUCCUCAGGACCGGCUCCUGAUGGCCGCAAGUCCUCCUCGAUGACCAUCGUGGCCAGAGCAUCUCGUGUGGACCAUGUGGGCUCCUUGGCUUCCGAAGGGCCUGAGCCGCUCCGUCCCGUGUGCUGUACCCCGCCUGUCCCGCACCAGCACGGAGCUCCAAGGGACACAGCCUCCAUCCUGCGGAACCUGAGCGCCAGCCCUUUUUUAGUAGCUCAUAGUGUUAUUUUUCUAUUCCAUCAUGAAGCAAACAUUAUUUUAUAAUAAAUAUGUAUUUUCUGUU